ACGCUAAAUUUAAAUCAGUUCGUGGCGGGGCUAGCGAACACAGCGAUACUCCGCGCCGCGUUCUCAUCGAUUUCGACGCUCUUCACGGUGUCUUCGGCUGAUUCGAGAAACUUCUGCUGGCAAGAAUCGCUGGACCACGCUUCGUGCCGAUAUCCCCGGCUGUUUUCCCUUUGUUGCUGCUUCGAUUUCGAUGGUUCAUCGCCGACUCGAGAGAUGGUAGAAUGAAAGGGUGCGCGUGUUCCUCGUUGCGCGAAUCGCUGCAAGUAAUUAGGUUACGCUAUGGCUCUUAAAAUGGACGUGAGGCUGUUCGCAUCUGUCGUCGUCGUCCUGAAUUUAUUCAUAAUCGUUCCUCGCAGUUGCGGUGCAUUGCGUACAAUUAAGAUCGGUGCGAUCUUUCAUGCGGGGGACGAAGAGUACAUGAAUGCGUUUAAAAAGGCGGUGAUCGAGACGAGAUCGGAACACAUCGCACCCUCGUUCAAGGUGGAAACUAGUAUAAAGCAAGUAGAGGUUAACACUGACAGCUUCAAAACUGCCGCCGCUGCUUGCAAACUUUUGGAGGAGGGUGUAGCGGCGAUCUUUGGACCUUCGAGCCCCUACACUUAUGGGAUCGUAGCUAGCAUCGCGGCCAAGUUCGAUGUGCCUCACAUCGACUAUUUCUGGAGACAAAAUGAAGAGCUUCAAGCGAAUCAAGAGCUGAAAAAUCCAAAACCGAUGACUAUCAACUUCUUUCCCGACAGCAAGAUGGUCAGUCAGGCGAUCGCCGACGUGGUCGAAUCCAUGAAGUGGACCACUUUCGCGGCCGUCUACCAAAACAACGACGGCCUGUCGCGGAUUCAAAAGGCUCUGUCUCUGAGACGAAAGAAGGACACUGCGGUGACGAUAAGAAGGUUGGGGGAAGGGCCGGAUUUUCGUCCGAUACUGAAGGAGAUUCGUGCCAUGUCGAUCUGCAACGUGAUCAUCGACGUCGAGCCGAGGAACAUCAUCGAUGUGCUCUAUCAGGCGAAGGAGGUCAAGCUGUUGGCGGAGUACUGUAAUUUCUUAAUUACUUACCUGGAUUCGGCAAAAUUGUCCCUGUGGGAGGUGCAGGAAGAAUCAACGAUCAAUAUUACUGGACUGAAUUUGCGAAACGAGAAAGGAAACGAGGUGGAAGGAAUUAAUUGGGUGGAAUCGGCCAUUUUAUAUGAUUCCGUCUUCCUGGUGUAUAACGCGCUGGAAACUUUAAACGCAAGGAAUCAGGAUAACACAGAGGGUGAAACUAUUGACCCAGUACCGCUCUCUUGUGAAGGAGAAGAGAAAUACAACGCAGGUCCCAACAUUACCAACGUGAUACGCGAGCUAUCCAAAGAGGGAAAGAUAACAGGGCCGAUUACAAUCGACGAAAAUGGUCAACGCCAAUUCUUCAAGUUAAAGAUCAUAGACGUGAGACAAGAUGAGAGCGUGGAAAUAGGAUAUUGGGAUCCAGAAGGUCUUCACGCGGCCGACAACGAAAAGGAACGGGAGAGUUAUUUGUAUAAAUCUAUUGAACAGAAGAAAUUCAAGAUUAGCACUAAAUUAGGUCCACCGUACGUAAUGGAAGUGACAGACAGCGCGACUCGAGGAAUAUUAAUCGAACAAAAGCGUUACGAAGGCUUCUGCAUCGAUCUCAUCGAGGAGAUUGCCAAAUUGUUAAAUUUUAAAUAUGAGUUCGAGCUGGUGCCGGACGGUAAUUACGGCACGUUGAACAAGGAAACGAAACAAUGGAAUGGCCUGAUUAGACGUUUAUUGGAUCACGAUGCGGAUCUGGCUAUUUGCGAUCUGACAAUUACGUACGAGCGCGAGAGCGCGGUCGAUUUUACAAUGCCGUUCAUGAACCUAGGUAUCAGCAUUUUAUACAGGAAACCGGAGGAGAAGGAACCGGAUCUGUUCUCGUUUCUGUCGCCGUUGUCAACCGACGUCUGGAUUUACAUGGCGACCGCUUUCUUAGCAGUUUCGAUAAUGCUGUUUCUACAGGCCAGAAUGGCGCCAGGCGAAUGGGACAAUCCGCAUCCGUGCAACCCGGAUCCGGAGGAAUUGGAAAAUAAUUUCGACUUGAAAAACUCCAUGUGGCUCACCGUCGGCUCCCUCAUGCAACAGGGAUCCGAUAUACUUCCCAAAGCACCCUCCAUCCGAAUGGUGGCCGGUAUGUGGUGGUUUUUCACCCUGAUAAUGGUCUCCUCUUACACCGCCAACUUGGCCGCCUUCCUCACAGUUGACAAGAUGGACAAUCCGAUCAAAGGUGUCGAAGAUCUCGCUAAGCAGACAAAAAUCAAGUACGGGGCCGUGGCUGGUGGAUCCACGUCCACUUUCUUCAGGGAUUCCAAUUAUUCCACCUAUCAACGCAUGUGGGCUGCCAUGCAGGAAGCGAGGCCGAGCGUGUUCACCAAGAGCAACGACGAGGGUGUCGAUCGGGUGUUGAAGAAACGCGAUUACGCUUUCCUCAUGGAAUCCACCACGAUCGAGUACAGAAUGGAGAGGAACUGCGAUCUCGACAAGGUCGGAGGUCUGAUCGAUAACAAGGGAUACGGUAUCGCGUUGCCGCGAAAUUCACCGUAUAGAACGCCCAUAAGCAGGGCGAUACUGAUACUGCAAGAGAAAGGGGUUCUCCAAGAUCUGAAGAAGAAGUGGUGGGAGGAGCGAGGCGGUGGUUUGUGCUCGAAAACCGAAGUGGAGCCGACGUCGUCCAGCGAAUUAGGAUUGGCCAACGUCGGUGGUGUGUUCUUGGUCCUCCUGAUCGGAUGUUGCGGCUCGUUCAUCAUCGCCGUCUUUGAAUUCCUGUGGAAUGUACGAAAGGUCGCCGUGAAGGAGAAGGUUACACCAUGGGAGGCGCUGGUAGCAGAAUUGAAAUUCGCCGUGAAUAUUUGGGCGGAGACGAAACCCGUUAAAAUCUCUAAAAGCAGCGGCACGAGUUCGAUGGAGGAUGGGAUCGGUCGGGCUGCGUCCACGGCCCGCUCAAUCGUCGGCUCGUUCCUCCGCCUCGACAUCCUCGACAAAUUCGAUAAAGAUAACAGUACCAACAACCGCAAUAACGAUCGCAAGAUCAAUUAAAAUUCCAUCCACCAUUGUACUAUUACUACACCGAUUAACAUCGUUACGUUUAACAAAUUGGAAAUUGGGCGAGUUCACGCUUCCUCUUUUAGAUCAUUCGCCGAUUUUUUUCAAACGUCGAAGCACGAAACGCAGUAUAAUU